AUGGUAGCCACAUCAUCGACAGGGGCUGUGGGGAUUACUCCGAACCCCAAUGGGCCCCAGAGCAGUCUUCCAGCUACUACCCCUCGCAGCUCCGCUCAGUCAUCUGGCGGACAGUCCAAACAGAAGCAAACUGGUGUGUUGGAUGCGAAAAAGGCGCUGGAGCUUGAAGAUGAGUUCAAGACCAAGCAUCUCGGGGUGAUGGGUGUUUUGACAUGGAUAUUCUUAUUGCAUGUCGCAGGUAUAUAUUUAUUUACAAAAGGAUUUCUUCUCACGCGCAUGGUUCUCGAGAACAAAUCAUCAUGCGACAUAUUGCCUUUUGAGGACACUUUGGCCCUAUCGCACACUACCGCCCUGGGAAGUAAACAGCAGAAGGGUUGCUGGCACGAAAAAACCUUUGAUAAGGCCGUUGUUAUAAUCAUUGACGCCCUCCGUUAUGACUUUACUGUGCCAUUUGCCUCGAAGGGAGAGAGCGACACAGUCCACCUCUUCCACAACAACAUCCCGGUCCUCUACGAAACCGCCGUUCAAAACCCCGCCAACGCUUUUCUUCUACCAUUCAUUGCCGAUCCCCCGACAACUACUCUGAAUCGCCUGAAAGGUCUAACCACUGGAACCCUGCCUACCUUCCUCGACGCAGGCUCGAACUUCGCCGGAACCGCGAUCGACGAGGAUAACCUUGUCGCACAGCUGCACAGCGCCGGGAAGAACCUGGUUCACCUCGGCGAUGAUACAUGGCAGGCGCUGUUCCCAGGUUACUUCGAUGCCAAUCUUACUCAUGCAUAUGAUUCAUUCAACGUCUGGGACCUGCACACCGUCGACAAUGGGGUCACGGAGCAUCUCUUCCCGCUCCUCCGACCGGAGAACAGCAAGAAAUGGGAUGUCAUCUUCGGCCACUAUCUCGGCGUAGACCAUGCGGGCCAUCGUUAUGGUCCUAACCAUGCUGCGAUGGCAUCUAAACUUCAAGAAAUGGACCGCAUCAUUCGCGAUAUCAUUGCCGCUCUCGAUGAUAAGACCCUCCUGGUCGUCAUGGGCGACCACGGGAUGGACGUCAAGGGUGAUCACGGCGGUGAGUCAGACGACGAGGUUGAGGCUGCAUUGUGGAUGUACUCCAAGCGUGGCAUCUUCGGACGCACAAGCAAAGAUACACUCCUCCCGCCUCAGUUCGCGCGCGAAAGAUUCGUGCCUCAGAUCGACCUUGUGCCAACGCUGUCUCUACUCCUUGGAAUGCCCAUUCCAUUCAAUAACCUCGGCUCCCCUAUUGAAGAGGCUUUCUCUGGCCCACGUGGCAACAACUGGGCAAACUUGGCCACCGUCAACCGUCUGACUGCGGCGCAGGUUAAGAGAUAUCAGCAUCAAUAUGCGCUUGCUCGAGGCGAUGGUGAUGACGAACAGUCGGCUCUACUUUGGGCCGCUGCAGAUGAGGAGUGGAAGGCUGCUUCUAAGGCCUUCUCUUCUAAGUCGACCGCUGCUCAUGCCAGUAAUGAGCUCUACCGCAAGUAUCAGCGUCACACUCUUGAUGUCUGCCGUGGAUUAUGGGCUCGCUUUGAUGUGUCCAGCAUGAUUCAAGGUGUUGUGAUCCUUUUUGCUGGUAUUGUCGUGUUGAUCAUCUAUGCCCGAGGCUUGAAGACGGAUCGGACUCAGCUCACAUCUCGUCUGCUUCAAUUUGCGGGCACCGGAGCUGCCAUUGGUUUUGUGGCCGGCUCUGCACUGGGCUUGACCGGUUUGACUGAGACAGGUGUCUUCGAUGGGGCUGUACUUUUGGCUGCUGCUGGAAGCAUCAUCGGAGCCAUGCCGGCAAUCGUGAAGAAGCCUGCAGGCCUUACUCUGCCUCUUCCAAAUGGUAUGUGGGGCUGGCUUGCCUUUUUCUUCACCGUUUCCCAGUCUAUUGGAUUUGCCUCAAACUCGUACACCAUUUGGGAAGAUGAGAUUCUUCUGUUCUUCCUUACUACAUUUGGUGUGUGCGCGGGUGUCUCGUCCAUGAGACAGAAGCAGACUACGGACCGCAUCUUGGGCGUGUAUCACUCUGUUCUCUUUGUGAUUCUUGGCCGAGUCGCGUCUUUCUCUCGUCUCUGCCGGGAGGAACAGAUGCCCUUCUGCCGCUCUACGUACUACUCUUCUGCGGCUUCUUCCAUCUCCGCUCCCUGGCAGCUUGCCAUUCCUUUCCUGGUCACGGUGUUCCUGCCCAGCGUCGUGCGUUCCUUCUACGUUGGCUCCAAGUCUUACGAAGGCGCUUCAUCGCUAUGGAUCGGGAUUGCUUUCCGCUUCGGUCUCUUUAUCUCUUCCGUAUUCUGGGUGCUUGAGAGCGCCGAUGAUGGCGAGUGGCUACCUGUCAGUAAGGAAACACUCAAGACGGUCCGCGUCUUCUUAGCGCAGCUUGUUCUUGCUCUCGCGUUCGUCGCAGGCACUGCAGCAUAUAUCUACUCCAAGCCUUGCGUCAGCAUCAGCGUGAGCAAACCUACCGAAGACCCCAACAGCCCGCCAGCCCCCAUCAUCGCUGGCCAGCAACAAGGUCCUAGAACAACAGUCACUAUUCUCGGCUUCGGCAACGUCUACGGAACCCGCUUCUGCUUCCUGGUCAUCAACUUCGCCCUCGCCAUUAUUCUCAUGCAGAAGCCAAUGGGCCAAGGCACUAUCGCGCUCCUCCUUUGGCAGAUCCUCUCCCUGCUUGAAAUUCUCGACACAAACAGCCUGACAAUGUCAAACUCCUGUAUCGGCCCUGUUAUGCUCGGCGUCUUGGGUUCCUUCUAUUACUUCAAGACUGGCCAUCAGGCCACCCUCUCCAGCAUCCAGUGGGAAACAGUCUUCAUCCCCCUCUCAAGUAUCCAAUAUCCCUGGAGCCCGAUUUUCAUCAUCCUCAAUACUUUCGGCGCCCAGAUUCUGGCCGCCAUCGCCGUCCCCCUCACCGUCCUCUGGAAACGGCCUCUGCAGACCCACGACCGUGUCCCUGCUUCGAACCCGAACAAGAACCCUGCCACCCGUAUCCUCUCAGAUGUGGUCCAGGCUGUUGGAACACAUAUCCUCUACCUGGCGACUAUCAACCUCGCCACGACUAUGUGGGCUGGCCAUCUCCGCCGCCAUCUGAUGCUCUACCGUAUCUUCAACCCUCGUUUCAUGAUGGGCUCAGUGGUACUACUGGUCGUCGACGUUGUUCUGAUGGUGUUUGCUGUCGGUGGUGUGCGCUGGAGUACUCUCAGUGUCGGUGAGGUCUUCGGAUGGUGA